CAUCUGACUCCCAAGAGGAAGCAAUACACAUGGAUAACAACUUCACAUUGAUUUGGUAGCUCUGCCAAUUUCAUUCUAUUUCAUUGAUGGAUGUAGUUUGUUUUGUGUAUUGAUAUAUUUGUAUUUUUACAUUGAUGACAUUUUGUGGUGGAUCAUCAAAAUUUUGACUGACAAACAGUGAUUUUUUUGUGUGUGGAUUUAUAACAUUAGUUUUUUUCCUAGAAAUAUUACGUAUAAACAUUGAUAUACUAAAGGGAUGUUAAUCUAAUGACCAAUUAUUAUCGUGAGAACAUUAUGCCAGAGUCACCUGACAUUAAAACACCAACACAGCAAUCACCACUUAAUAUGACAGGAGGUAUGGGCAGUACAGUUAGAGAUGUACCACGCCCACAGUCAGGGGGAACAGCUCUGCCAGCGUCAGGCAAUCAUUCACCAAUAGGCAGUAUCAAUGGAGGAACUAUGUCACCAAAUCUUCUUGUCAACUCAUCUGUUAGUCAGCAACUUCCUCCUGCAUGUGGAGCACGUCAGCUCAGUAAACUGAAAAGAUUCCUGACAACAUUACAACAGUUUGGUUCAGACAUUUCACCAGAGAUUGGAGAGAGAGUUCGGACAUUAGUAUUAGCACUUGUUAAUUCCCAUUUAUCUAUAGAGGAGUUCCAUAGCAAGCUUCAGGAAGCUACCAAUUUUCCGUUAAGACCAUUUGUGAUACCGUUUUUGAAGGCCAAUUUACCUUUGCUACAGAGGGAGUUAUUACACUGUGCAAGAAUGGCAAAACAGACACCUCAACAGUACUUAUCACAACAUGAGCAGAUACUUUUUGAUCACACAUCUCCCCCUAAUGAGCCCCAGGAUUUCUCCAGUGAAUUUAAUGAGAAUGGCAAAAGAAGAUCUCCUGACAGACCGAAAGAAAAUGGUAUUGACUCUCAUCCUGACCACCCUGUGAAAAGAUUGCACAGCUCACGGGUCAGUCCAAAUGGCAUACUCAAUCUCAACGUAGGACCUUUCAGAUCAGAAGAUGUUAAUCUGUCACGGGAAUUACGGGAGCAUGAACGACAAGAGAGAGCCAGAUUGGAACAUGAUCCUUUAGAUAGAAAACUUGACAGAGAACAACAACAUUACCCUUCAUAUAACAAUUACACCAGAUCUGAAUCAUUUGAUCCUUUAGACAGAAUGGAUGAUGAUUGGAGACAUGUAGAAACAAUGUUGAAUUGUAUAAUUGGUAUGGUAGACAAAACAAAGAGAGCUCUGGCAGUGUUACAGGAGAGGAGUUUACGAGAUCGUGAAGAAUUGUCAUUAUGGAUGAGACGACAAGCUGAGGGUAUGGACCAGGACCUAAAGAAAAGAUCGUCAGAUAUGAUGUCACAUACAUUGAGACAAACUGAAGACAGGGUAGCCGAUGUCAGGAGAAGAGCUGAAGAAGCAGUAAAUGAAGUAAAAAGACAAGCCAUGUUGGAAUUACAGAAAGCUGUCAAGGCUGCAGAGAUGAAAGCCAAUGAGCUUGUUACAACAGAGAGAAUUAAGAUGGAAAGGGCAGUAACUGAUGCUAGGAAACAAGCACAGGAAGAGGUCAUGACAAAGGUCAAUCAUCAGGAGGAAUCCAGUGAGAGUUGUUGGAAUUGUGGGCGUAAAGCUAGUGAGACCUGCAGUGGAUGUAAUACAGCACGAUACUGUGGAUCAUUCUGUCAACAUAAAGACUGGGAAAAUCACCAUCUCGUCUGUGGAAAAUCUCGCUCAUCUGCCCCCACAGGGCCCGCUCUCAGACCUGACUCACAGAAGUCUGCCCCUAGUAGCCCCCCUCAGGAAGCUCCAGAAGUAGUGACACAACCAGAACCUAGUCCAGUUAACUCUGUAGAACGUUUGUCAGUGUCUCCACGAUCUAGUACAGGAUCACCGUCAGAACCAAAGACAAGUGACGUGUCAAGAUGAGAAAAACAAAUGGCAUUUAUUGGCUUAUAAUGUAAAUGUGUUGUUGUUAUCAAUGAACUUCUUGCAAAGAAUUUUGUUGAAGUGUUUGUUACAGGAUCAGUACCUGCUUGAUGGUUUGAAGAUGAGAAACAGUGCUCUUUGUUUUUGCAAUGACUGGAAUUAUAUUUCAUUUCUGGAGUAAAUUUGUUGUCAUUUUGUUAUCAUUUGAAAAAAACGAAUUGUUUCAUAGCACCAUGCUGAACAUGCUGAAGGAAAUAACACAUAUGGCAAACUAAAUUAAAACAUGAUUUAUCAUUAUCAUAUGGAAUCGGUCAUGUUGACAAGCAAAUGACUUAGUUUUUUUAGAGAUUUGUUAUUCAGCAGGUGAUUUUAUGGCCGUGGAUUCAAAAGGGAAAAUGUAGGAUCUAAUUCACCUUUU